CUAAAAAGAUUGAGCGUGCUAUGAUGAAGGGAAAGCUUAAAUUCGCGAUGUUAGGCUCGAUAUGGCAAGAACGAUGUGAGUCUAUAAUCAUGAAUGGUAGCUUCAAUAAUAAGAUAACCGUUACAAUAUAGAAUCAUUCAGCGACAUUGAAUAGUUUGUAUUUGCGGAGGAUAUGAGACUGGACGCUCUUCGAUGCAACUACAAUCACCGCUCAGGACCUCGCCAGAAAAUCGAUAGGAGGCAAGACCAGUUUUACAAAAUAUCCCGCUUGAUGGCGAAUGUCGAUCUUACUAAUCACUGAUUCUACUAUAUACCUUGAUCAACACAGGCACUACUAGCGCAUCAUAUGUUAGAACUUAUACCAGAAGCAGUCGACGUUUAUCUCAUUAUCAGGUGAUCUUCAAUCUGUUGAAUAUUAAGGGGAUUAGUAGAAAGUUUAUUAUGUACUAUGACGCGAGCAUAUCGAAGAUGGACAUAAGAAACUUCUAUAAGUUCUAGAUGCAUGUCUUUCUAAUUCACGUCUAGUGACCACAUUGCAUUCCCACUCCGAAGAAAGAAAGGAGCAAAAAGGGGAAAAAAGAGAUAUAAAAGCAAGACCACCGAUCCGUACAUAAAAUCCCGAAAAAUAAUCUUAGCAAUCAUGCCAACUCAUCGUUCGGGUCGUUCUAGAUAUACUCGUAAGUGAUUUCUCUCAUAUGUACUUCCAAACAAUAUAACAUCUCUAACACUUACGAGCCGUAACUUCCUCAUCCGAGGAUUCGAAUGGGGACCAAGAAUCCUCGCUUGGAGCCUGCAAGAAGGCGAAAGCCUCCAGCGCCAUUCACUCAGCAUCUAUCAAGGAAGCGGAGGAGUUAAAACUCGAAAAUAAAGACGGAGAAAACGGCAAAUUUGAGAAAAUUCGCCUUCGGCUUCCAUCAGAUGAUGAUAUUAUCUUUGACGAGUCCGAUGCAGAGCCAAAAUCCGAUUGCGAUUCCGAGAUCGAUCCUUUGAUUGAAGCUGAAAACAAGAACGAAGGAAAAGGGAGCGAUAAUUUUAAAACGAAUGGCAGUCCGCCCCUACGUUCUCAUGGAGCUUAUACCGCUCCUACACGUGGAUUUGAUGAAGAAUCGGAAUUGAAAUAUCAUCCUUGUGUAUUGAUUGAGCCAAGUAGGAACGUGGAGAACCAAGACGAGGGCUACGGAAAUGGUAAAUUUGACAAGAUUCGUCGUCCGCAUCAACCAACCGAGGAGAUUGAUGUAGGACUCAGAUGUGCCCUUGAAAUCGAGUCUGAAGUCGAAUCCAGUCAUAAAUCCAUUCAUGAGGCCUUGUCCAAGAAUGAAGUUGAUCAUGAUAUCAAUUCUACUGUUGAUGCUACUGCGGGUAAGGAUCACGAAGAUGAGACUGCAUCUCAAGCGGCUGCUCACUUGGACUCUUUAGCCCCUUUGAAUCCGCCAGCUGAGCAAGACGAUGCUCGACGAGAUGCAAAUAUCCGAGGCAAUAUAGAAAAACUCCGAGAUUGGAGCGACAUUAUGACUCUACACGGCAUCGUCGCUACUUUUCUCUUUUUGCAAAUCAUAUUCUUCGGGAUUGUGUACCCUCACUUCUCAAACACCUUUUGGUGUGAGCGCCCCAUGACCACGAGGCUGCUAAAUUUUAGCUUCCUUCUUUUCUGGUGGGAGGUAUUUACCUUGGUGGAGCAUUUUGUAAUUCCAUCCAACAUGCCAUUUUAUCACAUCCGAUACAAUGCCAUUGGUCGGAUUCCAGACUAUAGGUUGCUCCGAGUGUUGAAUCAAUUGCGAGCUCUGCGAUUCAAGAGUUUGGCAAGUCCACUAAUCUUUUGGGGAUUUUUCAUGAUUUUUGGGAAUUGGUUUUCGGAUCAAUGUCCGAAUUGAUUUUGGAGGAGGCGUGUCGGUUCGAGGAAUCUCUCAAGAGGGCCAAUGGUACUACAAAUGUUACCGCUGUAGCAAUCGUCGAUUCUACGAUUCAGGACCUGCUUGGAGCGGCUAGUGGUACCGCAAAUGCUACCGUGAAUGCAUGUGUAAAUCCUGCGGCUCAGACUUGAAUGAUUACACAUUCCUUGUGAUGCGGUCAUCCCUUCGAGGCUUUUCUGAGGACUCGACUCAUAAACUAGGAUAGGCACAAGGCCUUAGAUAUAAUCGUGAUAUAUGUCAUCAAUUCUAAACCUCAUCUUAUCCAAAUCUCUUAUUUGACAUUGUAAAUAAAUUAUCAUGGAACUCCUCUCUGAAUUUUCAUCACCUCAAUCUUUCAAUAGGUCUACCCUCUCUCACCCGGCCCAAAAGAAACCAAGCACAACUAGCCCAGCACAUACCGAAUCCAAUCCAACUGGAGGCUGGCAUCUUGAAGCCCGCCAUGAUAGGUAAUAAGAACGCAGCUCUUGGAACAAACAAGAAACUCGUCGUAAGUGGACUAGUUGCCCUAGUAAGCGCAAUUGUGCACCAAAACACCGCCCAUGAUCCGGUGCCUCCACAGAGAACCAUCAACCAAUGAAAGAAGACAUCCAUGAAAUAGCAGUUGCGAUAAACACUUCCGAGUUCACCUGACAAUAAAAGAAUGGGGAUGAAGAUGAGGAUUGAGAGAAGGGAUGUGUAGUGAAGUAGACGCCAAUAGGCUCGAUUUUCUUCGCGAGAACCAGAGAAAUCCGAAGGCCCGUU